AACCACGUAGCGUUCCUCACGGCCGCUAGGACUUCCGCUUAUUUCCUUCCUCGCAUGCGCUUUGGCGUUCUAUGCUGGCCGUGCGCCGGGUCGGUCUGCCAGGGAAAGGCGUAGGGCGCCUGCGCGCGGCGGUGACGGCUGCUAGAGGGCUCGCAUUGGCCCUCUCCCUCUAUGUGCCCAGGCGCGUGUGGAUGUGGCUGGCCGGGCCCUGCGCAAAGCGAGAGACGGUUGUGAGCAGCCAUGGGCAAGAAGCAGAAAAACAAGAGCGAGGACAGUGCCAAGGAUGACAUUGACGUUGAUGCUCUUGCUGCCGAAAUAGAGGGAGCAGGUGCUGCCAAGGAACAAGAGCCUUCGAAGUCUAAAGGCAAAAAGAAAAAGGAAAAGAAAAAACAAGAAUAUGACGAAGAUGAUAUCUUGAAGGAGUUGGAAGAGUUGUCUCUAGAGGCACAAGGAGGGAAAGCUGAAAAAGAACCACCUGCAGUAAAGAUAGAGAACGAAAAUGAAGAAAUUGGUCUUUCAAAACAAGACAAAAAAAGAAAAGGAAAGAAUAAAAAGUCCAACUUGGAUGAUGAUGAUGACAGUGAAGAAAUGGAGGACAAAGAAACAAAGUCUAAGAAAGUCACCAAACCUAAAAAGGAAGCUCCUUCUGGCAGUAGCGAUGACGACUUUGAUAUGGCACUUAAAAAAAAGAAAGGAAAAGCUCAGAAGUCAAAUAAGAAACUGGAGCUUUCCGAAGAAGAUGACAUUAACAUUAAAAAAAGCAAGGAGCAUGUCCAAGGAGUAUCCUCUGGGGAGAGUGACGAUGAAUCGGUUGAGGGCUCCAAGUCAAAAAAAGGACAAAAGAAAAACCAGAAGGCCAAGGCAGCGGCUGAGGAUGAAAGUGAUGAUGAAGAGGAGGAGUCUUCAUUCAAAAUAAAAACUGUUGCUCAGAAGAAGGCAGAAAAAAAAGAACGAGAGAGAAAAAAGCGGGAGGAGGAAAAAGCCAAAUUAAGAAAGCAGAAGGAAAAAGAAGAUUUGGAAGUUAGUAAAGAACAGGGAAAGGAGAUUCCAAAGAAAGCUGAAAAAGUAGCAGUUUCUGAAUCUGUGCCAGCAUCUGGUGCUGUGGAAAAGGGAGAGGCUUCUGUAGUAGCUGAAGCAGAUGAUAAUGAAGGAGAGAAGAAGAAGAAAGAUAAAAAGAAAAAGAAAGGCGAAAAGGAAGAAAAAGAAAAAGAGAAGAAAAAGGGUCCUAGCAAAGCCACAGUGAAAGCCAUGCAGGAAGCCUUGGCUAAGCUAAAGGAGGAGGAGGAAAGAGCAAAGAGAGAAGAGGAGGAGCGAAUCAGACGAUUGGAAGAGCUAGAGGCUAAGCGCAAGGAGGAGGAACGCUUGGAACAAGAACGAAAGGAGAGGAAGAAGCAAAAAGAGAAAGAGAGGAAAGAGCGCUUGAAGAAGGAAGGGAAGCUUUUAACUAAAGCUCAGAGAGAAGCUAGAGCCAGGGCAGAGGCUACUCUUAAGUUACUGCAAGCUCAGGGUGUUGAGGUGCCAUCCAAAGAUUCUGUGCCAAAGAAAAGGCCUAUAUAUGAAGACAAAAAGAAAAAGAAACAACAGCAGCAAGAGAACAAAGAAGAAAUCAUGGAGCCAACUUCCACUAUCGAAGAAGCUGUUGUAGAACCAGUUACACCAGUGAAAGAAGAGAUUACUUUUCAAGCAGAACCAGUUACAGAAGAAAAAGAGGAAGAGGAACAUGAAGAUGCAGGGUUGGAUGAUUGGGAAGCAAUGGUUAGUGAUGAAGAAAGGGAGAAGGAAAGAAAAACUGUCCAUAUUGAAGUCAAGGAACAAAAUGAAGAGGAUGAGGAUGAAGAUGAUGAAGACGACGAUGAUGAGGAAGACAGUGAAGAGUAUGAAGAUGGGGAAAGUGAGGGAAGUGAAGAUGAAGAUGAGAAGACUUCAGAUGAAAAGGAAACGGAAUCUCAGGCUGCUGGGAAACAACCAUUAGAGAAAAAAUUAUGCAAAGAAAUGAGCUCUGAUUCUGAAUAUGAUUCUGAUGAUGACCGUACUAAAGAAGAACGUUCUUAUGAGAGAGCCAAGAGGCGAAUUGAGAAACGCCGUGCUGAAAACCUUAAAAACAUUAAUACUGAGAAGCUAAGAGCACCUGUUAUUUGUGUGCUCGGACAUGUAGAUACUGGAAAGACAAAAAUCCUAGAUAAGCUACGUCAUACUCACGUGCAAGAUGGUGAAGCAGGUGGUAUCACUCAGCAGAUCGGGGCAACUAAUGUUCCCCUAGAAGCUAUUAAUGAACAAUCAAAGAUGGUAAAGAAUUUUGACAGAGAUGGUGUCAAGAUUCCAGGAAUGCUGAUCAUUGAUACCCCAGGACAUGAAUCUUUCAGUAAUCUUCGAAAUCGAGGAAGCUCGCUGUGUGACAUUGCAAUUCUCGUAGUUGACAUCAUGCAUGGUUUGGAGCCACAGACAAUUGAGUCUAUAAACUUGCUGAAGUCUAAAAAAUGUCCCUUUGUAGUUGCACUUAAUAAGAUUGAUAGGUUAUAUGACUGGAAAAAAAGUCCUGAUAUGGAUGUAGCUGCCACUUUGAAGAAGCAGAAAAAAAACACCCGGGAUGAAUUUGAGGAGCGUGCAAAAGCCAUCAUAGUGGAGUUUGCACAGCAGGGAUUAAAUGCUGCCUUAUACCAUGAGAAUAAGGAUCCCCGCACAUUUGUUUCCUUGGUACCUACCUCUGCUCACACUGGAGAUGGCAUGGGAAGUCUAAUAGCUCUUCUGGUUGAGUUGACACAAACCAUGUUAAAUAAGAGACUGGCGCACUGUGAAGAGCUUAGAGCGCAGGUCAUGGAGGUCAAAGCACUUCCUGGUAUGGGUACCACGAUAGAUGUUAUUUUGAUUAAUGGACGUCUGAGAGAAGGAGACUGCAUUAUAGUCCCUGGAGUAGAAGGUCCCAUCGUAACACAGAUAAGAGGUCUUCUCUUACCUCCUCCUAUGAAAGAGCUGCGAGUGAAGAAUCAGUAUGAAAAGCAUAAAGAAGUUGCUGCUGCUCAAGGAGUAAAAAUUCUUGGAAAAGAUUUGGAGAAAACAUUGGCUGGUUUACCCCUGCUUGUAGCCUACAAAGAGGAUGAAAUCCCAGUUCUUAAGGAUGAAUUAAUACAUGAAUUGAAGCAAACAUUGAAUGCCAUAAAGUUGGAAGAGAAAGGUGUUUAUGUCCAGGCAUCUACUUUGGGCUCCUUGGAAGCAUUACUUGAAUUUUUGAAGACCUCAGAAGUGCCAUAUGCUGGAAUUAACAUAGGACCUGUCCAUAAAAAGGAUGUGAUGAAGGCAUCCGUUAUGUUGGAGCAUGAUCCCCAAUAUGCUGUAAUCUUGGCAUUUGAUGUGAGGGUUGAACGAGAAGCCCAGGAGAUGGCUGAUAGUUUAGGAGUUAGAAUCUUUAGUGCAGAAAUCAUCUAUCACUUAUUUGAUGCCUUCACAAAAUACAGGCAAGACUACAAAAAGCAAAAACAGGAAGAAUUUAAGCACAUAGCAGUAUUCCCUUGCAAGAUGAAAAUACUCCCUCAGUUUAUCUUUAAUUCUCGGGAUCCCAUAGUAAUGGGUGUCCUUGUAGAAGCGGGUCAGGUAAAGCAAGGAACUCCAAUGUGUGUACCUAGUAAAAAUUUCAUUGAUAUUGGAAUAGUUACAAGUAUUGAAGUAAAUCACAAACAAGUGGAUGUAGCAAAAAAAGGCCAAGAAGUUUGUGUGAAAAUAGAACCUAUUCCUGGUGAGGCACCUAAAAUGUAUGGACGACAUUUUGAAGCAACAGAUAUACUUGUCAGCAAGAUCAGUCGUCAGUCCAUCGAUGCUCUGAAGGACUGGUUCAGAGAUGAAAUGCAGAAGUCUGACUGGCAGCUUAUCGUAGAGCUAAAGAAAGUAUUUGAGAUCAUCUGAGUUCUAUGAAGCAAUGGGCAGGCUGGUGCAAACCCACACUUCCUAUUACAAACAUCACCCAACAGCCUAUGAUGAACAUGCUGUUGGAUUUAAUUAACAUCUGGGGAAAAUAAGUGGAUAAAAUGUUUUCCAUGAGAAACCAAGUAACUUACACUGGUUUGACAGUGGUCAAUUUACAUGUCCCUGUGGUUCCAAUGUGCCUGUGCACUUUCUUCCCCACUGUCCUUCCCCUUUAUACUGGCUACUGUUUUAAAGUUUGCCCUCCCCAACUCACAUCCCCCAAAUUAAAAAAAAAUUAAAUUUUUUAUUACAAAAUUCAAAGCUUUCACUUUUAUACUGGUAAGAUCCAUACUGCAAUUUUUGAUUUAUCAAACUCCUGCAGACUUUGUGAUUCUUGGACUUUGAUGUAAAAAAUGUUUAUUUAUGCAUACUUCCUUUUCUCCCCGCCUUGAUUUUUCAUCAUUCUUCUGCUUUGUGCCUAUAGCAAUUUUUUAAAGAUAGAAUUAGGUAAUAGGGUAUCUGCAUUUGCUUUGUGUGCAACAAUGAUGUAAGGCAUAGUUGGCUGCCUUUUAUUGCUUGUACAGUUUACAAACCUGUAAUCAUAAACACUGAGCUGCAAAUAAAAGAAAUGGACAUUA